UGAAGUACCAGCAGCUCACGCGCAUUGUCCAUUGACUGCCGUACAAUUACGUAAUAUCCGCUGGACACUGCUCGUACACAUGUGCACGCCAUAAAGCACCGAGUUGCUCCAUAAAGGCGCGCAGUUUGUAUCAUCAUUUACACCACAACUCGGAAAGGGGAAAGACUCGCUAAAGUAGCUAUGUAUACAGAAGACGGAUCAGCUAGGAUGAGAGAUUUGCUAUCAGAAGGCGCACUAUCUGCGAUUGUCAGAGGAGAUAAGGUCGACCAACCGCUUGUCCAGUUAUUGGAAUAUAGGAAAUUACCAAGUCGGCGGGGAUCAAGUCAGAGAUCGAACUAUCGGUUGGUUAUUUCAGAUGGGACGAACACCGUCACUGCAAUGUUGGCCAGUGUUUUCAAUCGGAUGAUAGAGACGUCGAAACUGGAUUUGAAGGCGGUAUUUCAAAUCAAUCACUACUCCUGUAACUUCAUAGCUAACAGGGCAGUCAUCGUUAUACUUGACCUGGAAGUGAUUAAGAGAGGGUUAGAGGUGAAGGUCACGAUUGGUCAACCAACUCCUUUACCAAUACAAACAGAGUCUACAAGUUCCAACGAUGCCACUAAUGAACCAACGGAACAACCCAAAGCUCAACUCAGUGAUGGAUGUCCAAUAGUAGAGAGCCCUCUAGGUUUGACCUGUCCUCUAUGCCUUCAUGCUUUCAAGGAUCCGGCUUUUCUUCAGUGUGGACAUACUUUCUGCAGGUCGUGCCUUGAGAAACACGAUGAACAGCACCCCACCCCUUCUUACCUGGAAUGCCCGGUUUGCAGCAGUCGAACCCAGCUAGGACCGGAUCGUGUCGCCGGACUUGCAGCGAACCUCACGGUCAAAUACCUUGCUGAUGACGCUCAAGUAAAGAUUGGCGAUGGUCCAUCACUUUUUUGUUCUCUUCACAGCGAUGUAUAUAAGGAUAUACUCUGCGUGGUUUGUAACGACGUAAUCUGCAUCAAUUGCUUCAUUGACAAGCAUCAAGGCCACCGGAUCAAGAAGGUGGAAGUGAUUGAAGCAGAGGUGAAGAAGGAUAGAGACACUCUGCUCGAAAAGAGUAAGGAAAUGCGAGACAGGAUCGAGAAGUACAUUGCAACAACCAACACCCACAAGCUUGCCAUUGAAUCUCAUUUUGACGGUCUGAGGAAGAAAGUCCAAAAUAUCUUUGAGAAGAAAAUGGAAGUGUUGAAGCAGGAAAAAGAUAUGCUACUUGGAAAGCUCACUGACAUCCAGAAUGGCUAUGUGGACAGUGUGGAGAGAUUCAUGGUGGAACCAAGGACGUCUCUGGAAACCAUCAACAAGCACAUCGCAACUCUUGCAGAGGGUGCCCACAAACCUCUUGACGUCGAGACUAUCAAAGCAGGUGAACUUCUGUGCAUAGAUCUCCGCAGGUUUUUGAUAACACCACUCGCUGGAAUCGGGGAUGAGGGCAUACAAGAUGUCAAAAAGGUGGCAGUCAGGACUAGGUACCAUCCUCCAUCUAAAACAAGUCUUGACCUUGGAAGCAUUGGCAUCGUCCGCUCUUUAUAUUUAGCUGGAAGAGUUCUUGAGCAACCCGCCUCUGCUCUCAGGAGAUCUACAGCGUCAAGAGUGGGUAGUGGCCGAAACUGGAAUACUGGUGGUCGGCUAACCAAUCGUCGAUCUGUUAGAGGUAUUCCAAAGGGAAUUCAUAAAUCGAUCAAGGACAUUGCUAGAGUGGAAUUGCCUUUGUGCAAGCGUACCCGAAUCACAGCAUCAUACCAAGAUAUCUUACUGGCAACUUAUGGAGCCGGGAGACCAGGAGCAGAGCGGUUUUGUAUAUUGAUGGUAAUAUUGCUUCUAAAAUUCUGGCGUAGGCAAAACCAUGACGGUAGCAGGUAACCAGAAUUCAUAUGACUCGUCAUACAUCUUCAGUUGAACUGUAUUUGUAUUUAUGACUUUUAUACUUCACUGUGGUAGAGAGCAGCAACUAGGGCAUUGUGGUAAUAAUAACUACUUCACUGUAGUAGAUAGCAGCAACUAGGGCACUGUGGUAAAUAAUAACUACUUCGCUGUGGUAGAGCAGCAACUAGGGCACUGUGGUAAAUAAUAACGUAAUUCACUGUGGUAGAGAGCAGCAACUAGGGCACUGUGGUAAAUAAUAACUUACUUCACUGUGGUAGAGCAGCAACUAGGGCACUGUGGUAAAUAAUAACUUACUUCACUGUGGUAGAGAGCAGCAACUAGGGCACUGUGGUAAAUAACAACUACUUCACUGUGGUAGAGCAGCAACUAGGGCACUGUGGUAAAUAAUAACUUAAUUCACUGUGGUAGAGAGCAACAGCAACUAGGGCACUGUGGUAAAUAACAAUUAGUAUACUGCGGUAGAUCGCAACAGCUACAUGUAGUGCACUGUGGCAGAUGGUCAAAACUAGUGCACUGUGGUAAAUAACUGUAAUAACAUUAGAUAGCAUUAGCCAGUGCACUGUGGUAGAUAGUGGAAGUUAUGUACUGUGGUACAGAGCAUUAACUAUAAUUGCACUUUGGUUGCUGUGCAAGUUUUGUAACAGUGAGUUAGGCAAUAGUGGUUAGAAUUUGUGAAUCCAUAGUUUCGUACAGGUAUUGUGUAAUUUAUUUGUUUGAUCCGGGAAAUUAAAUCUUAACUGUCAACUAUCAUGAAUAAAUGCCUUACUUUUGAUUAGCAUUACAUGUACAUAUCUUAUGCUUAAAGGGGAAGUUUACUCUGAUAACACUUUGGAGUUUUUAUAAUAAAAGCAGAAAAAAUUAUGGCAAAAUAUAAUUGUUUACCAGAUGAGCAGCCUCUCCAUAAGUACAUGUACAAUGUAUAAGCGCUCCAAAUGCAUU